UGAAUAUUUAAAAGAUGCAUGGCUGAUCAUUUUUGUUUUGUUUGUCACGUGACAUUUUGGUUUAAAAAUAGAAGCUGAUGUAAACUUUGCGUAAUACAACAGAAAUAACAGAUAAACAAAGAAUUGCAGGAUGGCGCUCACCAAGAAUCGAAUUUUGUGGUGGAUUGGAAUAGAACUUCUUAUAUUGAUAGUUUUCGCUAUCGGGGUUGUAGUAAGAGUCGCGGGCGACGAUCAGAGUGACCUAGAUAUUAUAGUGACCUUCACUGUUCUGGGAUUCUGUCUGCUACUACUGAUAGUAACUGUGGCCAUCUAUCUUCGGUCAUACGAAAACGAAACUUCAAAGAAAAAGAAGGCUUUUGUCAAUAUUUUGGAUCAAAGAAAACUGGCCAUGAAAUUGAAACCCAUCCAUAAAAACUUCGCCUCUGAUUGUGCAAUAUGUCUGCUUCCUAAGGAUUCCAUGGCACACAACAUUGUGCAGAUCAGCUGCAGCCAUAAUUACCACGAAAAGUGUAUCAAAGAGUGUUUCCAGAAAAUGGACAGUCUCCAGUGUCCCGAGUGUCGUCAGAACGCCAAGGAUCACCCCCUAAUAGCCACAGUGGUCACAGAGUGCGAGCAAACACAGAGCUGAAGUAUGUAGAUGCAUUUCCUUGAAAUAAACAAAGAGCCAAGAAAGGCUAUACAAUGGAUAUUGGGAGCCAACGGAAAUAACACUCACUGAUGUUGAAGAGUUUAAAAACUGAUUUUUUAUGUGUUUUUUUUAAACUGCCGUGUUUUCUCUUCACGAUAAAGGAGGGUAUCAAUGAUCUGAAAUCCGUUUUUUAUGAUGUUGAUGACAAGAUCUGCGCAUGCUAUUUGUAUGUGUAUCCUAGUCCGUGGUACUUAAUCGUGGUAACAUGGCUAAAAAGGGGGGCGGGGAUCCUCCACAUGAAUAUGUAUUGAUCUCUUUUAUUUACAAAAACCAAGCAUGCAAAGCUCAUGAUCAUUUAUUGUGCAAUAUCUAUAUUCCAUUUGUACUUAUUUUGUAUAUGCUCAUCUUUUUUUACAGCAAUAUUAUUUUCUUUUGCAAAUAAACAUAAAUUUAUAA